CUUCUUCAAACUUUUGACUUAUUGAAUAUUAAGAGGUACAGCUCGUUUAGUGGGUGGCCAGUGAAUUAAUCAGAUUUAUGUCACAUUAUAGAAAACUCAUUAUGAAAACCCUAACAUUUAUCCUGGUUUUGAUGACCAAGAGCAUUGGUUGUCUGAGAUUCAAGCAGUACCCUUGUGAAGGGUUCUGUAUUCCUGGCUCCAUGGAUUCGGUGGCCACCUUCACCUCCAUGCAAUGUGCGCGGCGGUGUCUGAAGAACAAUGACUGUGGCUGGUUUCUGUACCAAGAAGAGCUCCAUCAAUGUAUCAUCGAUGGUACAUCUUGUUGUACGGGCUGGAAGGCAUACUACUCAGGAAAAAAUGCACCGCAAUUCAAUAACACUCAAGUGAUUCACCCUUCUACACCUGCUAACUCAUUGAGCCCUUAUUACAGUCUAACGAGCUACGGAAUCACAGGGACAAAUCGUCACCACUUGAUAGUGGAUAUCAAAGGCUGUAGGGAUGCCCACAUUGGCUUAUCAAAGACAGAAAUGGACUUAAUGAAUAUGCGACCUACUUACGAAAUUGUGAUAGGAGGAUCAGGCAAUACAUUGACCUACAUAAGGCAGAACAACCUUUCGAAGGCACAAGGAGCUGGUGUCAUAGAUUGUAAUAAAUAUUCAACAUUCUGGGUCACAUGGGAUAAUGAUGUCAUCAGCUUCGGACUUGGACAUGAGUUGAACAAAAGUACGAGUUUCUCUUGGAGUGACCCAAAUUCACCUUUGGAUAUUAAAUUUGUUGGAGUUGGAACGUAUCAAACUAAUAUCGAUUAUCUAAUCUACGUUUGAUAUCUUCAAAACACGUAUUUUAUUCUGAUGAUUGCUUUUGGUGGCAGUGGCCAUUCUUAACCAAUAUAAAUCUUCUUUAAGGUGGCAUGGGACACCUCUAUACUGUGACGUAUAUCCGAUCAUUAUAAACAAUAAAAUCAAGUAUAAUUUUACAAAUAUUUUCUUUCCCGAAAUUGUUAUCUAACAGUAUAGCACAAUGGGUUAAAGUGUUAACGACGAAUCUGUAAGUCAUGAGUUCGAAUCUCACUGGUGUUUAAAUUAUUUGUA